AAAUUCGUGGAUUAGCUUUUCAACCCUGCGUGUUACAACAGGUGCGCGCGCUUACUCUAUUCUAACCUAAAAAAUAACGUUAUACCGGAUGUGUCAAAAACAAACAUUGCGCGUUUGAAUUAUACAUACAUAUAUAUUAUUAGUUUUUGUAUAAUAAAUAGUUAAAUUUCCACGUAAAGAAAAAAUGUUUGAAGCUCGUAGCAUAACUGCUGAGCAUAAAGAUUUGAUUCACGAUAUUGCUUAUGAUUUUUAUGGACAACGCAUGGCAACAUGUUCCAGUGAUCAAUUUGUCAAGGUUUGGGACGAGGAUGAGCAUGAUAUGUGGCAUUUAACGGCUUCAUGGAAGGCACACAGUGGUUCGGUAUGGAAAGUAACAUGGGCACAUCCUGAAUUUGGUCAAGUUCUUGCAACUUGUUCUUUCGAUAGAACCGCCGCUGUUUGGGAAGAAAUUGUCGGCGAAGGUUCGGGACCAGGUGAACGUGGAAUGCGUCAUUGGGUGAGAAGAACAAAUCUCGUUGAUUCUAGAACAUCUGUAACUGAUGUUAAAUUUGCACCAAAAACAUUGGGAUUGUUAUUAGCAACAUGCAGUGCCGAUGGUGUUAUUCGAAUAUAUGAAGCGCCCGAUGUAAUGAAUUUAAGUCAAUGGACACUUCAACACGAUAUUAGCUGUAAAUUACCCUGCAGUUGUAUUUCAUGGAAUCCCUCUUUAUCUAGAUUACAUCCACCGAUGAUCGCAGUUGGCAGCGAUGAUACAAAUACAUCGAGUGGAGGAAAAGUAUUUAUUUACGAGUACUCGGAAAAUGGAAGACGAUGGACGAAAACUGAGACAUUGUCAAAUAUUGUUGAUCCUGUUCAUGAUAUUGCAUUUGCACCGAAUUUAGGUCGAAGUUUUCAUACCCUUGCAAUUGCCACUAAGGACGUUCGGAUCAUUACUUUAAAACCAAUGCCAGACUCGGCGCAAAGUGGAUUGUCACGAUUCGAAAUAACGACGACAGCACAAUUUGACGAUCAUUAUUGUACUGUUUGGCGUGUAUGUUGGAAUAUAAUGGGAACAAUACUCGCGAGUUCCGGUGACGAUGGCUGUGUACGUCUAUGGAAGGAUAAUUAUAUUAAUAAUUGGAAAUGUGUGGCUGUAUUAAAAGGCGAUGGUUCAGCGGCACAAAGCGCUGAGACGCCAACAUCGGCUAAUGCACAAAAUUCCAGUCAUAAUACAAGCGGUAAUCAAACGCCACUUUCAACAACAAGGUACUAUAAAUUGGGUUCCAUCAGUCAUCCAAAUCAAGUACCCUGGCACUGAUAUGGCAAAGAAAAGGGGGAAAAAAAGAAAAAUUCAUUUUUUUGCCAUUUUUUCUCGGAGUAUUUAAUUAUUUUUUUCUUCUAAACGCAAAAAAUUAGCAUUUUUCUCAAAAAAUUAUGGUUUUCUUCACUCUCGUCGCGGAGAUUCUUUUUUUUUUUUUUAAAUACUCUGAGUAAUUUGUACAUUCGCACUUUUGGUUAUUUUUAUUUUAAUUAGUUAUUGUUUCUGUAUUUUCCGAAUUUUCGAUUCUAUCCUCGGCGAUCAUUUUUUGUUUCUACAAUUUUCGGGAGACAUUUUUUUUUUCUAUGUCUCAUUUUUGUCUGUAGUUCUGUAUUUUUUUCCAAUUUCUUUUUUUUUGCGUUUCAUAUGGUUUUAGUUUUCAAAUGAUAAAUUUUCUUCUUCUUUUGUUUUGUAGUUAUUUAUUUCCGAUUUCUUUUUUGUGAAAAAAAAAAAAUUUUUUUUUGUAAUUUCGAUUUAUUUUCGUUUUGUAUUUAAUUAAAAAUGUGUUUCCGUUUUUUUUUUUUAAAUUUGAUUUUUGUUUAGACGAUUGUAUUUGAAUUGAAUAAUUGUACUUUUUUUUUUGUUUUUGAAUAAAUUGUAAAUUUAGUAUAGAA